UGCUGAUUGUACAUCCGACGUGGGUUCAGUAGGUCUGUAGGCGAGACAGCCUCUUUCUCGAAAACCUUCGACUUGUUUAAAAAAUGAAGUUUGAUGAGAUAUUGAUAGAGGUGGGUGAGUUCGGGCCCUAUCAGCGCCGGGUGUAUUUCCUGGUGUGUUUAGCAUGUAUCACUUCCGCCGUCCAGACCUUACUUCCGGUGUUUAUCCUGGAAAUGCCGGAAUACAGGUGCAAGAUCCUUACUCUGCCAAACGACACCUACAAGAUACAAAGCCUCUAUCAUGCCUCUCUGGUGAACCAGUCUGUUCCCAUGGAAAUCGCUGACGAAUCAGAGAGCUAUGCCUCAUGUAGCCUGUAUGACGUCACGAACAGUUCUACAACGUCGCAGGGAACAAACCAAUCCCAGAUAACUUGUCAUCGAUGGGUGUACGAUCAAUCGACUUUUACAUCUACAGUAAUAACCCAGUUUGACAUGGUGUGUGACCACGCCUCUUUCCGCUCCCAUCUCAACAUGGUUGGUUUCGGGGGAAUGCUGACAGGGGCUGUCGCCUUUGGGAUCAUCUCAGACAUUGUUGGACGCAAGUUGACUCUCCUGGCCAGUGGUGUCAUCCAGAUGGUGUCCGGCAUCGCUCUAGCUUUCUCUCCAAACUUCAUCGUGUUCGCUGUGUUCCGAUUCUUCACGGGGAUAGCGGCCAUGUCUACAUUCAUGAUUGCCUUUGUUAUAGGACUUGAACUCGUUGGUCCCUCAAAACGAACCAUUGCAGGAAUUGCCAUACAGUUCUUCUGGUGCUUUGGUCUGUUUUUGCUGGCGUUAGUGGCCUACUUCAUCAGAGAGUGGAAAUAUCUCCAGAUCGUCUUGUCCAUCCCUUCGGUGUUCUUUAUAGCAUAUUGGUGGGUUAUACCAGAAUCUCCAAGAUGGCUGCUGUCACGUGGUCGGGUGGAUGAAGCGGAAGUAAUUCUAAAGAAAUUAGCUCGCGUCAAUGGCCGAUCUCUGCCGAAGGACGCCAUAAAGCGCCUGGUGCUCGAGAAGGGCCCACAGAUGAAAAUAUGGCACAUGUUCACCUCUCCCGUCCUCAUUGUGAGGGGAAUUGUCAUAUUCUGUCAGUGGCUUGCUAUCAACAUAAUCUACUACGGCCUCAGUCUGAACGUCAGCAACCUCAGCGGAGACGUCUUCCUCAACUUCACCUUCUCCUCCGCCGUAGAGACAGCUGCUUAUGUCAUGUGCAUUUUUCUCAUGGAGAGGACGGGGAGAAAGAAACUAUACUUUGCUAACAUGAUUCUUGGUGGAGUGGCAUGCAUUGCCACAGUGUUCCCAGUUAUCUAUGGUAACAAGUCACACACGUGGAUCACGGUUACCCUGGCUAUGGUCGGCAAGUUUGGGGCGUCAGCGGCUUUCGCAGUGUUGUAUGUCUUCUCUUGUGAGAUCUUCCCGACGGUCGUGCGUCAGUCUGGCAUCGGGGUGUGUUCUAUAUUUGAAGGCACUGGCGGCAUGGUGGCCCCAUAUAUAGCAGACCUGGGUAUUAUAUUUGGGGGACACUUAGCGGAAGCUCUGCCACUCAUCGUGUUCGGGGUUGUAACUGUUGCUGCGGGGCUGCUGUCGUUAGUACUUCCGGAAACAAAGAACAAGAAGCUACCAGAAACCAUUGAAGAUGCUAUAUUGUUCGGAAGGAACGAAAGGUCAAACACCAACGCCUACGACCCAAUACCAUCAUCAAAUACCAGGGAAAAGGUGGACGAUUCCAGUAUAUAGUGAUGCCAAGCGUUGUAAAAGCGACACCCGCGACGUCAUCUCAAGGUUCAGAUGCAUUGACGGAUCUGACAAGGAUGCAUGCGACCGUAUCAAGAAGAAGUCAUCGGCAUAAUGUUUCAACAAUACUUCAUCCAUCACAGAUCUUCUUUCAUAUCCACGUAUAUUUAAUGAUACAAGCAGGUGCUUUUGCAGAUAUCUAUCAUCAACAAUAAGUAUCUACUGACCAAAGAUUUCAAGAGAAAAUGUUUAUUGUUACACAUAUAAUGUGACGGAUAUUUUACAGGCCAUUAAAUUAGUCUCCAAACGC